AUGGCGUCUCCCCUCCCACCUCACCUCGCUCUCGAGCUCCGUCUCCGUCAGGUGGAGUACAAUGUUUUUGGCCCGGACCAUCUCUUCGAUGCCACCUCCUCGAAGCCGUUGCUACUACGCGCCCAAUCAGUGAAAGAGACGAUCCAAUCCGUAGGCUCGUCCCACGGCUCUGCCUCUACCUCGUCUUCCUCCUCUUCACUGCGCCGCUUCGUCCAAACAGAUUUCGAAGCCUGUCGACGUUUCCUCCAGCCCAACUCCUUUCGCUCCGGCGGCAGCAGCGGGGACACAAAGGACGACGAAUCCAAAACCGCCCUCUCCGCCUCUGCAACCCUCUCCCCCUCUGAACAGAUCGUCCUAAUCCUCUCCGCCGAGAAGGACAUGCGAACCUUGGAGCGUUGUCUCGCACAAUGUCAGGAGCUGGGAGAGAAGAGGGACGUAGCUGGUGCGGGGAGGUUGGGCGAGUAUGAGGUGUUGAUGCCGUUAUUGGAAAGGUUGAGGAGUACGGGCGAGGGGGAAAUGCAGCCUCGAUUGAGGGAGGUAGAGGAUCAGCUGUUGGGGAUUUUGGAGGAGUAUCAGGGAUUUAUCGACGGCCUCUCCCGCCUUUACAUUCAGUGGGACGAAGCGCUUAACGAUAUGGAGCGCACAGUGGCCAAGAUGGAGCGACGGGCGGCACAAGAGGAGCAGGGAUGA